GAAAGAAACCCAAGAAUAGAGGGUGGGUCGGAGCCUGACUGUCAAAUCUACUUAUUCUCUCUCUCUCACUCUCUCUCUCUCUCUCUUUCCGGAGAUUCGAUUCAAUCGCCGAUCAUUUCUUCUCCUUCAAUCUCUGUCUCCCUCACGCUCACAAUAAUGCUCCCAGAUUUUCAAGACUGGGGUUUAGCUUGAUCAUAUCGGGGUGUUUGGCAAAUAGAUGUUAGCGAAUUGACUUAGCCGAUAGCUGUUAGCAGAUUGGGUUAGCGGGUUUGAUUAGCUGAUAGUAUUAGCUGCUAUCUGAAAUUGAUUUGGUUUAAUUCCGGCAACCUGGGAAUGGAGGGGGGGCCGGGGGAUACAUUUUCCAGGCUGGGAAGUGGCGUUGUGGCGGGUGGUGGGCAGAUAGAUGGGAAGGUGUUGCAGACAUUUCAGAAGAGUUUUGUGCAGGUUCAGAACAUAUUGGAUCAGAACAGAUUGUUGAUCAAUGAGAUUAACCAGAACCAUGAGUCUAAAAUCCCGGAUAACUUGAGCAGAAAUGUGGGACUGAUCAGAGAGCUAAACAACAACAUCAAGAGGGUAGUUGAUCUCUAUGCUCAUCUCUCCACCUCCUUUGGCAAAUCCAUGGAUGCUUCCUCUGAAGGUGAAUCCAGUGGGGCCCUCAAGUCGUCGGAUGGGAAACCCGCCACCCACAAGAGAACUCGCCCUGCAGUCUAGCUAGGAGACCCAAGAUCAUUCUUUUUUCAUGCUCAAAAAACAAGAAUUCAGGUAGUACAAAAAAUCCUUAGAUUGUGUAGCAUAACUCUUUUUCUUUGCUAGUGCUUCUUCUCUUCUAAGUUCUAUCAUUGCCUCAAAUUCCAAAUCCCCCUUAGAAAAUAAUAAUAUUGAUAACAAUAAUGCUUCAUCAGGAAAAUCCAAUCACAGUCUUUUGUUGAGGCAAAAGCACAAUUCAUCUGUGCAAGCAAUUCUUACUAUGUAUCUACAAAUCUAAUUGAAACUUAAGACUGUUCCUUGUAUCUUUCGUUAGUUCUUCUGCUCUUUAUUGUUUUUUUCUCUUUCACAGUUCACUGUAGAAAUAAAAGAAAAAUUGAUUAAUUUGUUGAUA